AUGCCAAGGAGAAAGACUAAAACAGGGUGUCGGACAUGCAAAAUCCGACGCGUCAAGUGCGGCGAGGAAAGACCAGCUUGCCAACGCUGUGUGUCGACUGGCCGCGUCUGCGAUGGCUACGGCAUCUGGGGCGGCGGCGGAAACGGCUACGGCAGCGCCGAGAGAAGGGGGGCUACCCGCCUGCAAGUGCCACGCCAGACCCCAUCCCCGACCACGGACAAGACGCCCGCCCUUGUUCCUGGCAUGAACUUGCAAGACCAAACAGCCCUCGACUUUUUCUGGGCACGAACGUCCAUCAAGCUGCCCGGCGUCUUCGACUCAGGCUUUUGGGACUCGCUCGUCUUCCAGGCCAGCUUCAGCGAGCCUGCCGUGCUCCAUGCCGUCAUUGCCCUCGCUGCCACUCACCGGCGGCACGGCACGGGAGCCCAGCCAAUGGGGGGCGGUCGGAAACCCCUGAGCCCGUCCACUGUGACCGAAAUGGACCCCGACGAGCGACUGGCUUUGCAGCAUUAUAACAAGGCCAUCGCCCACUUGCGCUGCCAUUUUGAGAAGAAGGAUGUGCGGUCGCUGCGGAUCACCCUGAUUUCGUGCAUGGUCUUCGUCUGCAUGGAGUUUCUGCGAGGCGAGUUCCAGACCGGGCUCGCUCACCUUCAGAGUGGCUUGAAGGUCCUCGAGGAAGUUCAUGCCCGCGAUAGGCUGGCGGCAGCUCGAAGGGGGGCACGAAAGACCCAAAAGUCUGCCGCUACCACUGACGCCGCCCCUAGUGCAGCUGUCUUGCUGCCGCGCCCCGAGUCUGUUGACGACUAUCUGCUCGAGGCCUUUACCAGGCUCAACGUGCAGUCUGCCCUGUUCGGCCAGGGGAGUGAAUUUCUCUACCGAGUGGGCCAAGAUAAGGCGCGCAACGGACGGCUGGAGUACGACAUGCCCACUGUUUUCGACUCGGUCAACUCGGCUCGCCGCCACCUCGACGGGCUACUCAAUGCCGUCUACCUUCUGUCAACAGAAAUUAGCCAACCGACCUGCACCCAAGGCGACAGCGGCAGCGGCACAGCGCGCAUCCACGCCCGCCUAGUGCAGCGCAAGGACCGUCUCCAGAAAUUGCUGGCCUCGUGGAUGCACGCCUGCACAUCUUUGACGUGCCUUCGGCCUGACACCUCUUUGUCCGUGGUGCCGACUGCAGACAACUACCGCGCCAUUCUGGGGCUGCCGCUGCUGCGUCUCUACCACGGCAUGGCGAGCAUCAUGGUGGCGACGUGCUUGCGGGGCACCGAUGAGGGCGUGUUCGACGCCUUCACGAAGGACUUCGCCGCGAUGCUGUCGGAGGCCAUAGAGCUGUGGGCGCGCGUAGCUCAGGUCAUGGAUCUCAACAUCCCGGCUGGCUGCAGGUGUCGCCGCCUGGCCAAUCAGGCCGACGUUAGCUUCACCGUCGACAUGGGCUUUAUCCCGCCGCUCUAUUAUGCCGCGCUCAAAUGCCGCGUGCCGCGGUUCCGGCGGCAAGCCCUCAAGUUCCUGCGUGCCACGCCGCACCGUGAGGGUCUGUGGGACGGCGCCCUGGCUGCUACUGUUGCGCGUGCCGUCAUCGAGAUGGAGGAAGGCGAUUUCUACAGUGCUCGCAAUACCGAUGGCCCCGAGCCUGCAGAUAUUUUUCGGGAGGACGACGAUGGCCUUGACGUGAACCAAGUUCCCACGGCGCUGGCGCUCGACGACCUGCCCCUCGUUCCUGUAUCCAGCAGGGUCAACGAUGUCACGGUGCUCUUGCCAGGUGAGAUAGGCGGCACGGCGACGUUGGUCUGCCGGCAGUACAGACACGGGCCCGGAGGCAGUGGAGGGGGGUGGCAGACCAAGAACGCAGACCUGCCUUUCGAUUCCAAUGUUCCAGUCUUCUGA